AGAAAAUCAACAGUUUCAGAAGCAGCCAGCUGAAGAUUAGACUUUGCCAACAUCUUCUUCCAGACUGCGUCUCUUGGAUCUAAAUCACUGGGAAAGGAUGUGGGCUCUUAAACUGUACAACUGUGAGCUCUGUGGGAGUGAUUUUGUGAGCUGCACGGCUCUGAGGUAUCACUUUCAACAGAAGCAUCUUGGAAAAGUUCACUGCGAAAAAUGUGGCCAAGAAGUCCCGGGGGAUAAGCUCCAAGAUCACAGCAAGUCUAUAUCUCACAGGUCAACCAUGGAGACACACAGCUAAACUGGGUAAAUCUAGAAGAAAGGAAUAUAAUGCAUAAGGCUACAAAAAUAUCAAAAUCCUGUAGAAUGUGUUGUAGGCACUUUGGAACAAUCCUUAGUCGGGAGAACCAUGAAAGACAAGAGCAUCACUUCACAGCCAGUAAAAGAGCCCAAAUGUCCACAGGAUUUUCACCUCAUAAUAUGUUGGAAUGUAAAGGUUCCCAAGAACUACAGAGAUUUGCAGACAAAAAAAUCCACCCUGCCUCAGGUUCUCAGAGAGCUGCUUGUGUGGCUGAAAUAGAUGCCUUCCUCCAGCUGAUCCAGGGUUGCUUUCCGGUACCCAUCUCCCGAGUGAUCCAGGGUGGUUCUUAUGUAAAGGGGACUGAUACUCAAGGAUGCUCUGAGAUCGACAUCGUGUUGCUCAGUGAUGUGUUUGGCAGUGUGAACCAUUCCAAGAAACAACUGAGAGAAGGACUGGAGGCUCUGAGGGAAAACCUGAAGCGAACUUCACAGGGGAACAGGAUCCUAAUGGGGAAGAGAACAUCACUGUCUUUAAGAUUCAAUUAUUUAUGCACUGAAAGUCUUCACAGCCAUUCCUUUGAGAUCAUGGCCUACUAUGAUGUGCUGGGGCCUACACCUUCCACAGAUUUAAAACUUCACCUUUACCGCAAACUGUACCUCUGUAAUGACAGUGACGAGGCCCAGCUGUGUGCCUUGGCCCUCUUGCCAUACCAAGUGGAUUUCAUCAAGGCCUCUAUUGUGAGGGUGAAGGAGCUCAUUCGCUUAAUGAUACAUUGGUUCAAGACAUCAUUUGCCAACCCCACGGAGGAGAAUAAAUUCCGGAGACUUCCCUCCUCCUACGCAGUGGAGCUCCUCACCAUUCACAUCUGGGAACGGGCGGAAAAGCCCUUGUUCUUCAGCCUGGUGCAGGGAAUGAGGGCAGUUCUCAAACUUCUGGUUCGAUAUGCAGAAAUUGACAUUGUUUGGCACAGCCACUAUCAUCGCAAGUUCCCCAUCUUUGUAAAAGUUAACCAGAAACACACAAGGCCAUUCAUUUUAGACCCUGUAAAUCCUACUGUCAACGUGUGUGAUACCUGUAACGCCUGGGAUGAAGUUGCCCACGUGGCAAGAUGCAGCUUAUUGAAGCCUCUUUUCAGCAGGGUGAGAGCUGAGCCCCCCUGGCUUUUCACAAGUGAUUGGUAAAUGGGGCAAGAAGCUACUGUCCUUACAUUUCUAUGAAGAAAAUAAAAAGAAUGCAAAACAUGUAGCCAAGAGGAACACUCUGGAUGAAAGGCAGUAUGAAGAAAACUUUUUUUUUUUCCAUUUUUAGGGCCACACCUGUGGCAAUGGAAGUUCCCAGGAUAGGGGUUGAC